AGAAACCAAUAAUUAGCCUUUCACCAUCUGGACCUUAUUUUUCCUCUGGGCAUCUGGAAAUGAAGACCUGAUUGGACAAUUUUUUUUUAAGAUUUCUUUCUAACAGUUACAGAAUGAAAGGAAGCCCAAGCUUCCAAUCUGUCGGGACUUGAAUCUCAACUAUUAUUAUCUUCGGGAAGUUAACUACCUCUCACUCACGUAUGAAAUGUGACCAAACAGCAGUUCUGCUGAGGGCUACAGAGCUUUCAGUGAGAUCAAGCCCUUAAGGCUGCGGGACAGUUUGUGCACCAACUGUAUGCUCCUAUAAACGGUAGGAUCAUGUUUUAAGGUCAGGGAAAACAUAAAGCCAAGCAGCGCAUGAUGCAAUCUAGUACUUUCCAUGCUGGCACUUGGAGAAGGGAGGAGGGGACACGCUAGUGUCCUUCGCCACCAGAGAUGCCCCUCUGCUGUGAUGAAACGGGACCUGUCAGGGUUUAAAAACAGAACACCGUCAGGGAGAUGGCACUGCAUCUUGGCAAGAAAUGCUUUGCAUAGUUUCCAGCGUCACCGGGCGCUCCCCCCCACACACCCCGCUUCUAUUUAAAUCCCAGGGUCCUCUUUCAACCACACUCCCUCCUUAGCCAGUGCCCAGACUGUCAGUGGAGGAGGAGAAGAAACAGGUAGCAUGGCUCCUGGAGAAAAGGAGAGAGGGGAGGGACCAGCCAAGAGCGCCCUCCGCAAGGUGCGCACGGCAACCCUGGUUAUCAACUUGGCCCGUGGCUGGCAGCAGUGGGCGAAUGAGAACAGCACCAGGCAGGCCCAGGAGCCUGCAGGCUGGCUGCCUGGAGCAUCCGGAGACCCACCCCACACCCCUAAACCCGUGGUGUGCCCCAGUCCCCAGCAGCAGCGUACCCCCAGACCUGCACCUCCAAAGCCAGACGGGCGUGGAGACGGACAAGGCUCAGAAGCAGCCUCCGAGGUCUCCCGCAUCAGAAGGAAAGAGGUGACCAGGACAGUUGUCAGCAAGGCUUACGAGAGAGGGGGCGACGUGACCUCCCUGAGCCACAGGUACGAGAAUGACGGGGGGACGUCUGAAGCUACUCAGAGGUCGGAGGAGAACGACGACGUGGACAGACUCCUCCUGGGUCGCGACUCGCCAACGCGGAGACGAAGAUGCACCCAUCUGGUCUCGGAGCUGACCAGAGGCUGGCAGGUGAUGGAGCAGGAAGGGCCCACGUGGAAGAGUGACAGCGUGGACACGGAGGACAGUGGCUACGGAGGGGACGUGGAGGAGAGGCCUGAACAGGAGGCGGCACAGAUGGCUGCUGCCAGGAUCAAACGCCCCUUGCCCUCCCAGGCAAACAGAUACACGGAGACACUCAGCUGUAAGGCCCAUCGGAAGUACAGCCAGGUGGGCAGCCUGACAGGCAGGUGGCAGCAGUGGGCUGAUGAGCACAUGCAGUCACAGAAGCUCAACCCCUUCAGCGACGACUUUGACUACGACCUGGCCAUGGCCACCCGGCUCCACAAGGGAGACGAGGGCUACGGCCGUCCCAGGGAGGGAAGCAAGACGGCGGAGCGGGCCAAGCGAGCCGAGGAACACAUCUACCGGGAAAUCAUGGAGCUGUGCUUCGUCAUCCGCACGAUGGCUCGCCACAGACGGGACGGCAAGGUCCAGGUCACCUUCGGGGAGCUCUUCGAUAGGUACGUGCGCAUCUCGGAUAAAGUGGUGGGCAUCCUCAUGCGCGCCAGGAAACACGGACUGGUGCACUUUGAGGGAGAGAUGCUAUGGCAAGGCAAAGACGACCACGUUGUGAUUACUCUCCUCGAGUAAGCCCUCAACGAGUCCGUGGUCACCGCUGUUCUACGGCUAAACAGCGGGUCGCAAGUUCAAAGACAAGCUGCUCGGGAAUGUUAUCAAUAUUAAAUAUUUUAUAUACACAAA